UUAUGAUACAACAGACAACAUGCCAAUUAACUCUCACUCAUUAUCUCACUACCCUUCAGUUCACCUUUUUCUUCCUUCUUAUUCACUUGUCAUGUCCCAUGUUGCAAUGCAAACCACACUAACACAUGCAAAUUUCUUCUCACUUAACUCACUACUCUAAAAUUUAUAACCUCUCUCUCAUUUUAUUUCUUUCUCUUCUUACAAUAUGAAGUCUUGUUAACAUACUGAUAUAGUAUAGUAGUGUGAGUGACUGAUACUUUAGUUUAACCAACUACACUGCUCAAUUCUUGGCUUUUGAAUGGGUUUAUCUUCUCUUCACGUCUGCAAUAUGGAUUCAUCUGCAGAUCACUGGUUGCAGGGCACAAUUCACGAUGAGUCAGGAAUGGAUUCAUCUUCACCAUUAUCUGGUGACAUGCUAACAUGUUCAAGACCAUCCUCCAUGAUAGACCAAAGGAGACUAAGACCACCACAUGACCUAUCUCUAAAAUGUCCAAGAUGUGAUUCAACUCACACCAAAUUCUGCUACUACAACAACUACAGUCUCUCUCAGCCAAGGUACUUCUGCAAGACUUGUAGAAGGUAUUGGACCAAAGGAGGAACCCUAAGAAACAUUCCUGUUGGUGGAGGUUGUAGAAAAAACAAGAAAGUUUCAUCCAAAAAACCUAAUGAUAUUCACCAUUUAGCUAAUAGUAAUAUUCAGAAUCAUCAAAACCAACCACAACAAGGACCUUCUUAUUCAUACCAUCAUCACAAUCACAACAACAACUCUAAAGAUCUUCAACUUUCUUUCCCUGAUGUGCAAUUCUCUCACCUUAGCAACUUACUUGGGAGUACUAAUUCAUCUGCAUUAGGAAACCCUAAUUUCAACGUUGGCAUGCUUGAGAACCCUAGACCUAUUGAUUUCAUGAUGGAGAGUAAACUAGAAGGCAUAAUUGGAAGUAGCUCUAGAAAUUUUGAUAACUUUUUUGGAAACAAUGAUCACAUGAGUAUGAAUAUGAAUGUUGGAGAUAUGAUGAAUGGUCAAAAUCAAAAUGUGCUUCAAUUGCAACAGAACUUUCAUUCUACAUUUGGUGGCAUGUCAUCAUUUGAUGGAAACAAUAACCAUGGAGCUUAUUUAAUGGAUUCUUGUCAAAGACUCAUGCUUCCAUAUGAUGCUAAUGAUGAGGAUCAUAAUGCUUCAAUGGAUGUGAAGCCAAACCCUAAAUUACUCUCACUUGAAUGGCAGCAAGAUCAAGGUUGCUCUGAUGCUGGAUAUGGAUCAUGGAGUGGCAUGAUGAACGGUUAUGGAUCUUCCACAACAAACCCUUUGAUCAACGGCUAAGAUUUCUCUUGGUAAAUGGUUAAUUUGAUCAAUGACCUAAUCAAUGACUCUAUAGUAUUAUAUAUACAUAAAGUUAUUGUAUGGGAGGGUUUAAUUAAUUAAUUAAUCAAUUAAUUGCAUGUCUUUUUUUUAUUAGUGUUUUUUUUAGCUGGUGGUAAUGGAUGGAGUGUGAAUGAGAAGGUUGAGAGUCCAAAUGUACUGCAUUGGUGUGUAAGCUUUUGGAUUAUAUAAAUAUGCAUGUGUGUCUUUGUGUGCGACACGUAAUGGAAGUUUUAGGAUUUAUAUUUGAUGUAACAUCGAGGAAGAUAUGGUAGUUCUUCUAUCCUAGUUAAAGAAAAUAUGUACUAGUGCUACUAUAUUAUUAUUAUUAUUAUAUUUAUGAAAAUCUUUUGUUCC